AUGUAUCGCAGUCAGCUAGCCCAACUUACGUUCAAUUCCAAGCCCAUUAUUACGAAUCUUACCUUGAUUGCACAGGAGCAUGUGCAUCAGAUGUCGACCAUUGUGGCCAAAGUCGUGGACAAUCAUAUUGCUAUGGCCCCUCCCCCCUAUCGACUGCCGGCGCUCUACUUGAUGGAUUCCAUCUCGAAGAACAUUGGCUCUCCCUAUACGGAGUUAUGGGCACCGCGCGUGGUGGCUCUGUUCAUGGAGUCGUACCGUGUCGUGGAUCAGCCUACACGCCGACGCAUGGAAGAGCUUUUGGCUACAUGGCGGAAUGCUGGCCCAGGCGGUCGAGCGUUGUACGGCGACACGGCCCAGCAGACGAUCGAGCGGUCAUUGUUUGGCAGUCAGGGCGCGACCGCCAAGGCGGCUGCCGGGCCGACCAAGCCGCAGGUUGUCGCCAACAUCGAGCGUUUACUGGCCUUGCAAACGCAAGCGCUCGCGCAUCGGCCGCAAGACGAAGAAGCGCAGCGGCAGCAGGACACACUGCAGCAAUUGAAGGAGCAGGUUCUGCAUGCGGAGCCGUCCCCAGCGCUACUCCAGGAUGUGCAAAAGCAGCUCGAUGCCAUGUCUCGCCCUGGCAAAGUCACCGAGUCUACCGGCAGCGGCUCUACGCCGGAUGUAGCUGCCGCGCUGGCUGUGGCAGCGCAAGCUCUGGCCCCCUCAGCGUCAGGAACUGCGCCGCCAAGCAGUCGCGGCACGACGCCGUCUGCCCCUGUCUCUGCGGCGCCUGCCAGUGCGUCCGAACUGAUCGCCAAUCUCAUGAAGGCGGGUCUCCUCCCAUCCACCUCCACUGCCUCGACCACGCCGGCCGCCAAGCCAAGUGUGCACAGCCAAGACAAGGCCUACACGGACUACAUUAUGAGCUUGGAUCUGCGCAUGACGACGCUGAAUCUAGCCCAGCCUGCGCCGGAGUUGGAGCUGCUACUUCAGGAGCAUCUGCCGUUGCCCUGCCGUCAGUGUGCAAACCGAUACCCCGAGGGCGAGGCGGGCAAGCAUGCUUUGGACGACCACUUGGACUGGCACUUUACACAAAACCGACGUGCCCGCGCCAGUGUGGCGCGUGGCCAGAGUCGGGCCUGGCUCGAUCCUGUGGUCCGAUGGAUCCGUAGUGGCUUUGAUGAUGUCAUGCCUAUGUCGACAGACGACGACGACGGCUUACUGGGCGAUCCAUCGACGAACCAGGCGCUCCGCGAGAAAAUUGAGCAUGCGCAUGUGCCCGUUCCACAUGAUGCCGACGUGGCUGCACGUCCAUGCCGGAUUUGCAAAGAGCCUUUCCACAGUGAAUGGAGUGAAGACGACGAAGAAUGGAUUUGGCGGAAUGCUGUCCAAGUGGAUCAAGUGUACUACCAUGCCAGCUGCUACUAUUCGGCCAAAUCCAUGUCGGACAGUGUCGCAGCCGCUACGACCUCGGCGCCCCCUGCGGCCAGUAGCGAGGUGAAGGCGGAGGAAGCGCACGAUCUGUCGCUCAAACGCAAAGCGUCGCCCCCGUCCGAGGCGCCCUCCACCAAAAAACUCGAUGUAAAGCAAGAAGCCUCGUCUGUGUAA